AUGAACCCCAGCGGCACCCUCCCAAACGUCUACUUCGACAUCACUAUAGACUCCGCGCCUGCAGGCCGCAUCGUCUUCAAGCUCUACGACGAGUACUGCCCCAUCACCGCGCGCAACUUUCGCGAGCUCACCAUCGGUGCACACGGGUAUGGUUACCAGGGAUCAUCCAUACACCGUAUUAUCCCGCAGUUCAUGAUCCAGGGCGGGGACAUCACGCGCAGAGACGGCACCGGCGGGCGGUCGAUAUACGGAGACUACUUUGCAGACGAGAACUUCUUCCUGCAGCACGACCGACCAGGCCUGCUAUCUAUGGCCAAUCGCGGGCCCAACACCAACAGCUCCCAGUUCUUCAUCACGACGACGCCCGCGCCGUGGUGCGACUACAAGCACGUCGUGUUCGGCGAGGUCGUCAAGGGCAUGGACGUCGUGCGCAAGAUCGAGGGCUACGCGUCGGACGACAUCCUCUGGCGGCCCAAGGCGAGCAUCGUUAUCGGCGCGUGCGGCGUCGUGGCGGCGCAAUAA